AUAUACAUCCUACCUUGGACCUUUGCCAGACUAAAUCUUAGCUUUCUACAAAUGUUAAGAUCUAAAGAAAACGGAAAAUACAAGCCUAUGAAAAACAAAACGAAGUUUAGAACUUAACUUGGUCAAGAGUGAACAAGGUAAUCAGCCCCUCUCCAGAUCUAAGAGUAGUAGUAGUUUGUCAUUUAGUGGCACUGAGAAGGAAAGAAAGAUGUAGGGAGUAUCCAUGGCUGAAGCUUUCUCUCGAAGCUUCAUUUUUCUCUCCCGUUUUCUCAUCUAAUCCUUAUGUUCGGCUACAUCAUUUUUCUUACUCGAGUGCAAGACAAAUUGGCAAAGUUGUUCUUAGAACAAUCAACCAUUUUCGCCGCUAUUUAAUUCGUGCUCGCUUUGCACUCUCGUUCGACCAGCUUCGGGUUUAAGGAUGUUGGGGAGGAAAAGAGUCUAUUGGUGGGUAAUGUUUUAACCAAACGCCCCAAAUUAUGAUCUCAUGAUGAAUGAUUUUAUGAGUGGUGGUCGGCAUAAAUUGUGGAAAGAGAGAUUGAUUUUGAAAUUGGAUCCAUUUCCGGGGAUGAAACAUCUUCAUGUGGCUGGUGGAACAAGUCCUGGAAACGAUAAAUCCCUCGUGUGGGUUGAAGGAGAUGCUGAAGCAUUAAAAUUUGAAGAUAAGUCAAUGGAUGGCUAUACAUUUACUUUUGGGAUAAAUAAUGUUACACGUAUAGAAAAAGCUCUUUCAAAAGCUCACAGGUACUUAAACGGGGAGGCAGAUUUUUUUUCCAUUGGAAAAGGGACUUGGAAUUCAUAUAUGGUUUUGGACAUAAGCGGGGUGAAGUCGUAUGUGAUAAACACAGCAAGGUUGUGUUCCUUGAUGAGCAGCCGCAGCCUAAGGUCGUCUGACACCUCUGCUAGAUCUGUAGUGAAGCCUCUUGUACACCUACCUACCGAUUAUGUUCCUUGGGGUGAAUGUUGAACUAUUGGUAAUUUGGUAUAAGCAUGUUGAGCUCAAUUUUUAAUUUAUUGUUUAAUAGAAUAUAUAGAUUUGAGAUGAGUUCGCAUACGGAUUAUGGCAUAUAAUCUUUUGCCUCGAGUUCCAAGAGUCCACUGGCAUUCAUCUUUCCUGGGAGUCGUGUUGUUCAUAUUAAUAUUGUGAUUUUCUCAACCGAGAAAUGCUAUGGAGCCAAUAGUUGACUCCUUUUAUGGAGCCAACGACCAAUGUUAUAGUGUCACGUAG